AUGGUACAUGAAGAGCAAGAUAACACGAAUCGUUAUUACAUUUCAGGCUUUGGCGCCCUGGCCGACUUUAUCGACAGCGAUGAAGAUCACAGCACGGCUGUCUAUAGUCGAUUUGGAAGAUUAGCGGCUCGCGAUCUCCUAUUUUACCAGAGCGAGCUGGCAGAGUUGCAAUCACGCCAGGACCAAUAUGAUCUUGAAGACGCCAACGAAGCUCUGAGCUCGUCGGAAACGCGGAGAACUAUCAGGCAGCACACUCGUGACUGGGUCACAUUUCAGAAUAUAGCAAGCGCAAAUACACCUACCUCCGACACUUAUACAUCCGAUAGAUGGAAGAAAAGAAUGGAUCUUGCCAUGAACAUCCGGAAAACCUUGGUGGAGUAUCAAGAAGCACUUAUUCGACACUCUAAGGUUUUAUCCUUUUCACAGCCUACCGAGCAGACGAUGAAGGCACUGUCGGGCUACUUCCACACACGAGUUGCCCUGAACGAGGCCGAGCCGCAAAUGACAACGUUACCUAUGCUUACCGGCGCCAGUUCAAAUCUGUACCCACGAGAUAUGGACGAGAGACAAAUCCGUUCUUCCGACUAUGUGACACUAAAAUUACAACCUCACCCAGACCUUCUGACCAAUUUUCUUGGUACGUAUGUGUCAAGGUGCUUCCGAACAAGGGAACCACCGCUCUUGCCUCAACACCGCGCUGCUAUCUCUCAUAUCCCGCGGGACGAGGUGGUGCGUUACCCCCUCAGGCGAAUCCACUUUGUAGCAACUCUUAUAUCUACCUUCUUCGCAGGUAUCCUACUUUUCCUACCGAUAUUCGUUCUUUACCAUAUAGCAUCCUCGCAGCCAAAUAUAACGAUAGGCCUUAUUGCAAUGUUUGUUGCCAUUUUUGCCGUCGCCAUUGUCAUGAUGACAAAUGCUAGGAGGGCAGAGGUUUUUGGUGCUUGUGCAGCGUAUGCCGCGGUUCUUGUCGUGUUUGUUAGCGGAGAUUUUGCUGCUGCGGUAGAUAACACUGGAUAA